AUGAUAGUGGAAGAUUCUCGGAAGACGAUUGGUAAAAAAAAUAUAUUUCAAUACUCAAUGAUGUUAAAUGAAACUCAAUAUUCAAUGAAAUUUAUGUUUAGUAAAAAUAUUCAGAACGAGUUUAAGAACGUCUUAUUUAAUGUCUGCCACGCUAGUGAGCGCUUGCUAAACGGUUCAGCUUUGUCAUCUAUUUCAGGUCUCAGUUUAUCCAAUGAAAACUAUAAAAUAGCUUUAGACAUCCUUAAGGAGCGUUAUGAAAAUAAGCAGAACAUGAUAUCAUCCCACAUGAGAAAACUACUGUCAUUUGAAAGAGUGCAUAGUUUAAAUAGAAUUGAAAAAUUAAGACAUUCAUUAGAUAAUAUAGAAAUACAAAUAAGGAGCCUCGAAACUCUUAAAAUUACAAGUGAAAUGUAUGGUUGUAAUUCUACUGAUUGUAAAAAAAGCAUUAUUGAACGAGUUAUUGAUAAAAACAAAUUUGAAAUAGUACACUACCUACCGUACCAACCAGUUCUGAGAAACAACAAAGUUACUUCUAAUGUCAGAAUUGUCUUCAAUGCAAGCAGUUCUGUUGAUGGCCCUUCAUUGAAUGAUUGUCUCUACCCUGGACCAUCUUUAACCACAUCCUUAUAUGGAAUCCUCUUGCGUUUUCGUGCCCAAAAAAUUGCCUUUGUUGCAGACAUUGAAGAAACCUUCUUGCAGAUUACAUUAUCUCCUGAAGAUCGUGAUUGCGUCCGAUUUUUGUGGUUCGAGAACAUUAACUCACUUAAUAAAGACAAUAUAUUUACUCAAAAAAUUAUUCCAUAUAGAAUUUGCAGAGUUCUGUUUGGUGUUACAUCUUCUUCCUUUCUUUUUUUUGCUACACUCAUUACUCACGCUGAAAAGUACCUCUCUGAUGAUCCUAUAUUUGUUAUUAAAUUAAUGAAUUCUUUACAUGUCGAUGAUCUGAACUCAGGAGCUGACUCAAUUGAUUCAGCCAUUAAUUUUUAUCAAAAAUGUCAAGAUCGAUUAAAUGCUGAUCGAUUAAAGCUGGCUUUACUCUUAGAAAAUUUAACAAAAUUUUACCUCCUUUAA